ACAGCACAGUGUUACGGCCACAGGGUGCCCACAGUAUCAGUCUACAGGAAAUGUGAUAAACAAACUAUCUGUUUUAGGAAAUAGUAAUUAUAAAUAUAUAUGGUAAAUAUUUUAAACAUACAAACCACAAUGAAGGAAAUGUGCCGAGUUUGCCAGCGAAAGUCGGCAAAACUGGCCAACAUUUUUGAAGGGAGGCAAGAUCGCGGCGUCCUCAUUGCGCAUAUGAUAUCCGAAGUUACCGGUUCUACACUCGAGAAAGGGGACGCACUUCCGGAAUUCAUUUGCCCGCCCUGCCUGCAAGACGCCCAAAAUGCAUUCGAUAUUAUAAAAACCUACGAGCGCAGCUACAAGAUCUUCUGCGAGGCAAAGGAGGCGAUCCUGGAGGACGAACUAUCGGAGGAAGAAGUAUGCCUGAUAUCAGAUAGCGAGAGUGAGAGAUCGUUCUAUGUCAAGGUCAAUGGCCAUGCCAAGGAAGAGACAUUAAAUGGAACUGAAGUCUAUGAGAUAUCAGAAAGUGAAUGUGAUCAAUCCGAACAACAAUCACAAGCCGAUGCCAUUGAAGACGAUGAUGCCAUUGAAGACGAUGAUGCCAAUAAUAAUGUUUUCGAUAGUACUGAAUCAAAGUUCCAGGGCCUGGUAAAGAAUGAAUCCAUCGAACAUGUCAAGAAAGCCUAUGAUACCUCAGGAGAUGAAAGUGAUCAAGAAUACUUUAAGAAUGAAGAUUCCGAUGAUAGCGAUUAUGUGGUCAAAGGGGUUCGCUCAAAGCAGAAGAAUAAUAAGUGUCCCUACUGCCAAAAGACCUUCCGGUGUCACGCUGCUCUCAUGGAGCACAAACGCAUCCAUACGGGUGAACGGCCAUUUAAAUGUCACAUAUGCCAACAGUCCUUUCGAAUCAAACUCCAACUCACACGUCACAUCUUGAAACAUACGGGCGAACGACCCUAUAAGUGUAGUCAGUGCCCAAAAGACUUCCGGGAUCGCUGUGGUUUAAGCCAUCACAUCAAGACUCACUCGGGGAAUAAACCCCAUCAGUGUUCAUUGUGCAAGAAGUGCUUUGGCUGCAAGGGUAAUCUUAACAAGCAUUUAAUGACCCACACGGGAGAAAGGCCCUAUAAGUGCACCGUCUGCCUGACAGCCUUUACGGAUCCAACAAACCUGAGACAACACAAGCGGAUUCACACUGGGGAACGAUACUUUAAAUGUAAAUAUUGUGAAGAGUCUUUUAUGUAUAAGGCUACUCUUGACAAGCAUACACGGGUUCACACACACCCAAAUGUUGCGCGGCAUGACAUAGUUAAGCGUGCCAGUAUUCCCUCAGAGAAGAAAAUAUUCAAGUGUUCAACCUGCCCUAUGACUUUUCCCAAGAAGUCUUAUCUUGAUCGUCACUUUAAGACCCACACGGGAGAACGACCGUUCAAGUGUGAUCAUUGUGAAAAAGCCUUUUUGGUCCGCGGAAACCUCGUUAAACAUAUUAGGAUCCACACGGGGGAACGACCCUUUAAGUGUACAAUCUGCAAUUCAUCUUUUGCGGAUGGAUCGAAUCUAAACCAACACAUGCGAAUUCACAAACAGGAUAAAAGGUUUAAGUGUGAUCAAUGCGAUAAGUCAUUCCUGGAUAACGCUCACCUCAAGAAACAUGCAUGGAGUCACAGAAGUCUACCGUUUAAAUGUGACCAUUGCAAUAAGUCUUUUCCGUUUAAGGAUCGUCUUGAGAGACAUGCUCAGAAUUACAAACAGACUGACCAGGGGUGCAUAAGAAAGCGCCUCAUUGACUACUAUAAGAUUAAAAAGGUCAAAUGUCCCCUGUGCCCGAAAUCCUUUCCGUUUCAAUCAGUCCUCAACGUCCACCUCAGGCGCCACACUGGAGAAAAACCGUAUAAAUGUACUUAUUGCAAAAAGGGCUUCGCGGAUACCGGUAGUCUUCAUAAUCACUUAAGGAUCCACACGGGGGAAAAGCCCUUCAAGUGCGUCAUCUGUGAGAAAGCUUUUUCGGAUAUAUCAAACCUAUACCAUCACAGAAAGGUCCACGCGAAAAAUAGAUCUGCUAAAUAGGAUGAUUGCGAAAGUUCUUUUUUUUAAUAAGGGACGUCUUGAGGGACACAUUGGAACCCAUGCGGAGGAAUACCCUUCAGGUGUCCACAACUCCUGGCAUUUUCUGUGAAUUUAGCAAACACACCCUAGUACAUAAGGGAAAACACAUUCCCAAAGGCAUAUAAACUCCCAUAUGACAACGAUAUAAUAUUACCAUUUAUAAGUAGUAGUUUUAACUUUUGAAUUCAUUUCAAAACCGCUUUUGUUUUUGUCUAAAAACCUGCAUGUUUAGCUUUAAAACUAAUUCUCAUUAAAUCUAAGGUGUAAUUAA